AUUUACCAGCAGGGGGCGACAUAUUUUCUUUAGUGGGUAAUGUGCCAUGUCCCUGACGGCUUUCCGUCUUCCUCUUGACACGUAGCAACGACAGUGGAGUUGUCCAGCUGAUAUCACAGAGUAAGAAAUGUCAGGGUUUGACAACUUCAACACUGACUUCUACCAGUCCAGCUACAGCGUAGAUGACCAAAACCAGGGCGGCUAUGGCUACAGCAACUCUGAAAACCCCUACAACAAGCAGUAUGGACAGUACGAUUACUCGCAGCCCACGGGCUAUCCAUCCCCAGGAAUGAUGCAACCCCAGCAGCCUUACACAGGACAAAUCUUCCAGCCCACACAGACCUACACCCCAUCCGCAUCACAGUCCAUGUACAGUAACAGCUUUGAGGACGAGCCGCCACUGUUGGAAGAAUUGGGGAUCAAUUUUGACCAUAUCUGGCAGAAGACCCUCACAGUUCUCCAUCCAUUGAAAGCAGCAGAUGGGAGCAUCAUGAAUGAGACAGACCUGGCUGGUCCGAUGGUCUUUUGUUUGGCCUUUGGUGCAACUCUUCUUCUGUCAGGUAAGAUUCAAUUUGGUUACGUGUACGGCAUCAGUGCGAUCGGUUGCCUCGCCAUGUACUGCCUCCUUAACCUCAUGAGUAUGACGGGCGUGUCCUUCGGCUGCGUGGCCAGUGUGUUGGGAUACUGCCUCCUUCCUAUGAUCAUCCUCUCCAGCUUUGGAGUUCUCUUCUCGUUACAGGGUAUGAUGGGGAUUAUAAUAACAGCAACAAUUAUCGGCUGGUGCAGUUUCUCUGCCUCAAAGAUCUUCAUCUCGGCGUUGGCCAUGGAUGGGCAGCAGUUGUUGGUUGCUUACCCCUGUGCUUUGCUAUACGGGGUCUUUGCACUCAUCUCUGUCUUCUAAAACAAAUCUUGCACAACAGUUUAAAAUAACGGCCCCCAAGUUUCUGUAUUUUGAGUCUAAUUAGGGUCAAUGUGAUUAGUGUAAUUAUUGGCUAAUUACACAGUUGCUACAGAAGAACGGGAGCCUCCUCGUCUAAAUGGCACCAUGGAUUUUUUUUUUUUCUUUUAAAAACCUCCUCCUCUCGCCACAUUCCGACCUGAAGUUAUGAAGGCUGGGGUGGAUCAUGUCAUGUAGGAAUCAUCCGCAGCUUGUUCCCUUCAUGCAUCUUGAAGAGGACUGCCAAAAUAAAUUUAAUAAAAAAUGUUUGUUGUGGAUCAUUUCUACCCCUAUAUGGCAUCAUACAGUCCAGUGAUUAAUUAUUAUUAUUGUAGGACAUGAGUUAAGUAAGGUAACAAUGGAAAAUACAGGAAGUAUAUGUAAUUUACACUCAUGGGAACAAAUUUUUGUUUUUCAAAAAAGAAGGACCCAAUAUGAAAUUCCACUAAUUGUAAUUUGUGUGAAAAGGUUGAGAUAUUUCAGGCAAACACCCACAGGAUCUAACACAGCAACUCUAAGGGAAGCAAUCCACUUUUUCACUGCAUGAGUCUACAGCUGUUUAUGCUGCUUGAUGUUUUCCUGCUCAGAAACCUUUUUAUUCCAAGACUGAGGAGCCAUGGAUCAUCUUCAUCAGAGAGACCUCGGCUGUGCUGCAUCUUCUGACCUAUUUUAUUUGAUUUUUAGCUAUUUGAGCUUUGUUGCCUUUCAGGAAGACCCAACCACAGUUUGCACAGGACUGUUGUAAUUCUCAAAGUAAAUAAAUUGGAUUAGAUAUUGUUCGUGAGUAGUGUGGGUGAGACUCAAAUGUGUCCGGACAUACCUGUUUCUAUUUAAUUUCCUAAUUUUAGAGACUCUUUGUAUGCUUUGUGUAUUCUGUACAUGUCUUCUCAUCCACAUUAAAGUUAGUUUUGAAAGUUA